GGAGCCCUGAGCUGCCGCCGGGCUCUGCGGGAGCCCCCGGCUCGUCCCUUCCGCACACGUCAGCCGCUGCUCGCCGUGCUGGGCUCCGUUCGCCGCCGGGGAGAGACGAGCGGCGGCCGCAGCAUCAGCCCAGCUCGCAGAGCGGCCCAGCGGCAGCGUGCCAUGGCCGGCGAGGCGGCCGCAGGCACCCGGCAAACACGGCACCCCCCUUAGCGAGCUUUCCUGGUCCUCCUCGCUGGCCGUAGUGGCUGUUUCCUUCUCUGGGCUCUUCACCUUCAUCUUCCUCAUGUUGGCCUGCCUGUGCUGCAAGAAGGGGGACAUCGGCUUCAAGGAGUUUGAGAACGCCGAGGGGGAUGACUACGUGACGGAGCUCUCGGCCCAGGGCUCGCCUGCCCCCCAGCAUGGCCCCGAGGUCUACGUCCUGCCCCUCACCAAGGUCUCCUUGCCCAUGGCCAAGCAGCCAGGACGCUCAGUGCAGCUCCUCAAGUCGGCGGACCUGGGGCGGCAGAGCCUGCUCUACCUGAAGGAGAUUGGGCAUGGCUGGUUCGGCAAGGUGUUCCUGGGGGAGGUGAACUCGGGCAUCAGCAGCACCCAGGUGGUGGUGAAGGAGCUGAAGGCGAGUGCCAGUGUGCAGGACCAGAUGCAGUUCCUGGAGGAAGCGCAGCCCUACAGGGCCCUCCAGCACACCAACCUGCUGCAGUGCCUGGCCCAGUGUGCCGAGGUCACCCCGUACCUGCUGGUGAUGGAGUUCUGCCCGCUGGGUGACCUGAAGGGGUACCUGCGGAGCUGCCGGGGGGCUGAGGCCAUGACCCCGGACCCGCUGACCCUGCAGAGGAUGGCGUGUGAGGUGGCCUGCGGUGUCUUGCACCUGCACAGGAACAACUACAUCCACAGCGACCUGGCCCUGCGGAACUGCCUGCUCACUGCUGACCUGACUGUCAAGAUCGGAGACUACGGGCUCUCGCACUGCAAGUACAAAGAUGACUACUUCGUGACGGCCGACCAGCUGUGGGUGCCACUGCGCUGGAUCGCACCCGAGCUCAUCGACGAAGUGCAUGGCAACCUGCUCAUCGUGGACCAGACCAAGUCCAGCAACGUCUGGUCGCUGGGUGUCACCAUCUGGGAGCUGUUUGAGCUGGGCAGCCAGCCCUACGACCACUACUCUGACCGGCAAGUGCUUGCCUAUGCCAUCAAGGAGCAGCAGCUCAAGCUGCCCAAGCCCCAGCUGAAGCUGUCACUGUCGGAGCGCUGGUACGAGGUGAUGCAGUUCUGCUGGCUGCAGCCGGAGCAGCGCCCGACGGCAGAGGAGGUGCACCUCCUGCUCUCCUACCUCUGCGCCAAAGGGGCGACGGAGGCGGAGGAGGAGUUCGAGAAGCGCUGGAACUCCAUGAAGCCCAACGGCAGCGCCAGCGCCAGCCACCACGGUGCCGAGCUCUCCUCCUUCCCGCUGCUGGAGCAGUUCUCAGCUGACGGCUUCCCCUCGGAUGGGGAUGACAUCCUCACCGUCAUGGAGACCAGCCAUGGCCUCAAUUUUGAGUACAAGUGGGAGCACACCAAGACCGAGCACUUCCAGGCGCCCCUGGGGUCCCUGAGCCCCAGCAGUGCUGCUCGCUACCACGACCUCUACUACCCAGCCACGACCACGGGGCACCUGAGCCUGGGCGUCUCGCCCUCCUGCUAUGAGUGCAAGCCGCCAGGCUGCCCCGGCCUGCCGGCGCCGGGCGUGCUGCCCAUCCUGGGCGCCCACAGCCCCUCGCUUGGCAGCGAGUACUACAUCCGCAUCGAGGGGCCGGGGGAGGGCAGUGCCGAGCUGGACUAUGCCAUGGGCGCCUACAGCCCCGCGGGUGAGCGGGGUUCCCCGCGCCCCCCUUCCUGCUGGAGAGCCCAGGGUGCCCGCGGCAGUGCCUACGACUCUGACAGCAGCCCCACUGUCUCCCUCAGCAUGGAGCCGCUGCUGGGCCACGCGCCGGCGGGCGAGGGCUCCUGGGAGUGUGCUGAGUACUACCCCUACCCCUGCCCGGGGCAGGAGCCGCGGGGCUACGAGCUGUCCCCCAGCCAUGGGGCCGAGGGGUACCUGCUGGAGGAGGAGCCUGCCCAGUCAGGCAGCCAGGACUGGCCCGUCCCCGGCUUCCAGCCCAGCAUCUUUGCUGACCCCCUGGGCGUCUCACCAUCGGUGAACUGUGCCUACAGCCCCCGGGCGUACGGGGAACCACGGGCAGCCCCGCCGGACGGGCGACUGCCGGGACAGAGUGGGGCCCAUCCGGACUGUGUGACGCUGGAGCUGGGCGAGGAUAGCCCCCCUGGAGCCCCCCGCCCACAGGGUGUGAGCUCCCCAGCUCAGCGGCAUCCCUGGGCCUCCAACAGCUCCUCCAACAACAACAUUGGCAGCAGCAGCCCCGUGUCCCGUGAACCCCUGGCCGGCGACAGCUGGUGCUACCGCCGUAUGAUCACCUUCCGGGGACUAAUGGCCAAGCCGCUGGGCACGGUGCCACGCGGCCAGCCACAGCUCGGGGGGUCCCCGCUGGGCCACGAUUUCCGUCGCCCGCGGCAGGAUCAGGCCCUCGGCACGGCCGGCGGCUCCUCCUCCCCGUGCCACUCGCCCUCCCCACGGCGCCAGGCCUGGCACAGCCAUGACUCAUCAACCUCCGGCCGCUCAGAGGCAGCAGCGCUGGCUGGCAGCCCCGGCACACCGUGGGGCUCCGGCACGGCCCUGCCAGCCGGAGCCGAGUCUCAGCACGAUGCCCGCCUGGAUGAGAGUGUGGAUGGGAGCAGCCCUGCCCACAGCCCGCUGCCCCACGCUACGGCUGUGCUGGGGCUGGGGGAGGCUGCCCCCAUGGCUGGCACUGCCACCCCGAACCCUGAGCCCCGCCCAGAGCCCGGUGUAGACGGCGUCCAGCCCGCACCAGAGGCCUCCGAGGUGCCUGCGCCGCUGCCUGCGGAGGCUGCCGCUGAGAGUGGGGUGUGUGCCAUCAGUGACACGGACCGGACUCCAGACAAGACCUUCUCCAGCACCAGCUUCCCCAGCGUCGAUGAGGGGAGUGACGAGGAUACGGCAGAGCUGACCUCUGGCAUCUUCACUGACUUCUCUGGGGACUACGUGGAGCGGGUGGAGGCAACCCCAACGUUCAAGUCCUUGCAGAAGCAGGUGGGGACGCCGGACUCCCUGGAGUCGCUGGACAUCCCCUCCACAGCCAGCUCCUGCGAGGUCUUCAGCCCCACCACCUUUGCGCCCACCAGCCAGCCCAAAGCCCUCGACAGCGGCUACGACACUGAGAACAAUGAGUCCCCUGAGUUUGUCCUCAAAGAGCCCCAUGAGCCCCGAGAGCCAGAGGCCUUUGGCCAACUGGGGAAGCUGCCCCUGGGGCUGCUGGGGGGCGAGGGCGAGGUUCCGGCCCCCGAAACACGGCUCUCCACUUCUCUCGGGGCUGAGCUGCACAGCCUCGCCGAGAAGAAUCCCUACCGUGACUCUGCCUACUUCUCUGACUAUGACGCUGAGGCUGACCGUGGCCCCAAGGACGAGGAGGACAGCAACGGGUCCCAGACCCCAGAGGUGGAGGAUGGUCCCCGGACCCCCGUGCAGGACCUGGGGCGAGGCCCCGUGCCGGGAGAGGACCCACUGCACCCCCCCGGCGCACCUGGCAGCCCCCCGGCAGCGCCUGGCAGUGCAGUGGCAGUGGAUGUACCGGCAAUGGGGUUGUCAGCAGUGGACUGGAGAGGGACAGAGGGUGGGAGUGCCCCAGCCAGCCCCACAGCGCAGGGGUUUGGCACUGAUCAGCAACCUGCCGGCAUGGGGCCGGUGCCGGGCAGCUCCCUGCACCCUGACGGAGAUACCUGUCCCCCGGGAUCUGUGCCUCCCAAGACUUUCUUCUUGACCCCGGUGCCAGCAAGUCCUGGGGACCCGGCAUUUGUCGGAGGGCUCUGCGUGCCCAAGGGUGUCCCUGGACUUGGGGGUGCCGCAGAGGGGGGCAAACAAACUGUGCCCCCCACACCGGGGCCUGGGGAAGCAGGGCUGCCCCCAGAGGGGGCUGGGGUGGGUGAUGCGCCAGGGGGUCCCAGCACGCUGCUACCGGGGGGCGAGUCACCCCCGGGCCUCACCCCGCUCCCAUCUGCCCGGGAGCCGCGGCUGGCCGCCCUGGAGCACCGCGAGGAGCAGGAGGAGGAGGAGGAGGACACGGAGGACAGCGACGAGUCAGAUGAGGAACUGCGCUGCUACAACAUCCAGGAGCAGAGCGAGGAAAGCGAGGAGGAGCCAGUGGCCGUGCCCAUCGUGGUGGCUGAGAGCCAGAGCGGCAGGAACCUGCGCAGCCUCCUCAAGAUGCCCAGCUUGAUCUCUGAGGCCUUCUGUGAGGACCUGGAGCGCAAAAAGAAGGCUGUCUCCUUCUAUGAUGAUGUUACCAUCUACCUCUUCGACCAGGAAAGCCCCACGCGGGAGCUGGCUGAGCAGAGCUUCCCGGAGUCCCCCCAGCCUUCAGGGCAGGCCCCCGCCGAUGGCAGCCCCCCCAGCCCAGCGGACAGGCUCAGUGCCUCGGAUGAGUCCUCAGAUGGCAAUGCCUCAGAAGAGACCCCUGUGCUCCGUGUUGCAGGCGGUGGCUUUGAGUGGGACGACGACUUUCCGCUCAUGCCAGUGAAGCCAUCCCUGAUGUCCUCGCUGACGGGGACGCUGGCAGAGUCCGACCCGGCCGUGCCCGCGCUGCCUGCACUGGUGCCGGUGCAGAAGCAGGUGCUGCCCAUCCAGUUCUCCCGGUUCACAGUCUCACCCACCCCAGUGUCCCGGUUCUCCAUCACCCAUGUCUCUGACUCGGACAUGGACUCCAUAGGAGGCAGCAGCGAAGAUGGCGACCGGGAGUGAGCCAGCCAGGGCGCCGGCUGGGCGUCACCCCGGCACUGGCACUGGCAUGGUGUGGCAGAGGACGACGGGGCCGGGAGCGGGGUCCGGCCAUGGGCUCCGAGACCACGCUCUGGAUUUUUUUUUUAGGCAGAUUUUAUUGGAAGGAGAUCAUUUGCUGCUGCGAGUGGGAGCGGGGCCGGCGCGGCCUGGGGCCAGGCGGUGGGUGAUGGCCGUGCGUGCGCGUGUGUGCGGGUGGCUGUGCGUGUACAAAUAGACACAUAUAUAUAUAUAUACACACAUAUAUAUAUAUAUAAAUUAUAGCAUUUAAAGGGUAGUGCCCUGAUCUUGCUAACAUUUGCCGAGUGUCCCCCCCAAGCGAAGUCCCCCCCAUGGCUUGCCCCUGUGUUCCCCGAGGCGGUGUUUGUCCCUGCACCCCCCCUGCCCGCCGUUCCCCCCAUGCCAUGCACUUGGCCUUGCACCUCGCAGCAGCUCGGCCACCCCACAGCUGCCUCAUGGCUGCCCCACGGUGUUCCCGAACAAGGGGCUGCCAGCUGUUGAUGCUGAUUGAGGGCACCCCGAGCACCCCCUCCCCAUGCCGCUGCUGCCACCAGCGCUUGUGCCCCCUCUACGGGUGGGGUGGGCAGCAUGGCUUUUGGGGGGGGCUCAGGGGGCUGGGGAGCUCCCCCUCCUUGCUUUCUGGGGAGCAGUCCCAGCUUGGUGAAGGACCCCAAGGGCUGGCGGGACCCUGCCCUGCUGUGGCAGGGAGCAGCUGGGGGAGGGUUGGCAAGGGUGGUCCCGGCUGUCCCCAUGGCAGGUGGCCCCCAGCACCCACCGACCUGACUAUUUUUCUAUUUAAAGGAUAAAAAAAGAAAAAACAAACAAAACUCCCCCCCAAACGCACCCUAAAAACAAAACUUGCUGUCAACUGCACCUACAUUGAUGCGAUUUUAAGUUAUUGCUGCCAAAGAAACGUAAUGAGGUGGGGGAGGGGGUGGGCGGGGGGAUGCUCACGGUUCUUCAUUCCUUUUUUUUGGUUUGUUUGUUUUUUUAAAAAAAAUUCAUUUGAGGCUUAGGAUAAUUGUGCAAUUCCAGCUUCCAGAAGGAAAUGGAAGUAAGCGGAGCUGAGCGAAACCUUGAAAUCAGGGCUGGUUCCUUUGGGGUCUAUAGACCAAACCCUGAGGUGAGAAAUGCACCCCCUCCCUGCCCCCCCCGCCCCUUCGCCCCCAGCCCUGUGUCCUGCAGCCCCAGCGCUCCUGCCGCCCCAUGAACGUGGGGCAAGGGCACACAUGCGUGUGCACGGACACACAGACACACAUGUACCCACAUGGGACGGGGCUGCUGCCGUGGGGUUCUGCUCCACGCCAGGGCACGGUGCUGCAGGACAGGCCUGUCCCCAGCUUGGCACAGCUCUGGCACUGCCAUGACGCUGUGGGGCCAGCCUAGUGCCGCGCACAGGCAUUACCACACUCUUCAUCCACCAUCAUGAUCAGCCCAGCCCAGAGGCCCUUUUCCCCGUGUGAGGCCCUCUCAGCGGUCAGGAGGCUGUUGUAGGGGGCAAGGGGCUCUGCCCUGCCCCCCCCCAGUGGGACAGCUGGGGUCUCCAGCUUCAGGCCCAAAAUUCAGGGCGGCUGUGCCUGCCCCACAACUUCCCCGCCGCUGCUGGUUGCUUCUCUUGUGGCAGCCAGUUGGCAAGUCACUGAUGGCAAUUAUUGCUUUAUUUAAGUGUUUUACGCUCCAACCUGGCCUGUAACACCCACCACCACCACGUGAAACGCCCCAGCCCCAGACUUGUUCUUUGCUGAAUGCUUUGCAGCUGGGUGGGGGCCGUCACCCUGUGCUGGCUGGUGACAGAGGGCACAGCACCCAUCUGUGGUGGUGGGGUGCAGGAGUGGGAUGUGCCCGAUGGGGUGCCUGGGGUGCCCUUCUCGCAGCACCCUGCCUGCUGGGCCCCCCCACCCCGUCACCCCCGUGCUGCCCUGCCUGCAGUGCGGGGGACUUGCUCAGCAUUGCAGGGUUGUGCAGGAUUUGCUUGACACCCCCCUACGCCCCAAGCACCCCCCGCCCCUCCUCCCACCCAGGGCGGUGGGAUGCUGGUCCUGACGCCCCCACCCCUCAUUCCACCCCCCGGACCCCCCCUCCCAGCAGCCCAGGUUUGGUCUAUGGCGCCGCAGGUCCCUGCCUCUGGAGGGCAGCAUGAGGACAGAGCUGUGUCUUGGAUAUUUUUUUUAAUAGAAAGGCUAUUAUUACAUUGUCUAUUUUAUCAAUACGGGUCAUAACUGCUGUAUUUUUUAUCAGUGCUGAUUUCCAUACAGCUCCCAGCAUGUGUGUCAGAUAUCAUCGGGCCAAUAAUAAUAAAGUUUUUAAAAUACGUUAA